CCGCCGAUGGCAUCGCGACCGCACGGGUAGGCGGUUUGAUUCCAGUUCGAUUAUCUGUUAUUUAUAUUAUGUAUAAAUUAGAAGUGACUAUGUUCAUUUGUUAAAGCUCUAUUUUCUAGCUUUUUCUACUAAACCAACACCUUCAUCACACCAUUAUCAAUUAGAAACAAUACAAAACUACAGAACUUUCAAAAUUGAUUAGUGCUUAUCUAACCAAAUAACUGUAUCUGGACAUUCAGUGAGUGUUUCACAGUGAGUGAUACAUGUUUCAAAUAAACAAAGACUAAACAGUGACACCCUCACUAUAUUAUGUGAUACCACCAUGGGCUGUGGAUCGUCCGGCAACGUGGUGCCAGUUGAGGGCGCCAAUGGCACCGCGAAUGGCAACAGCAAGGCGAACGGUGCCAAUGGACACCACGACGACGGCUUGCCGACGGUGGUCCUGCCAGAAACGCCUGUCAAACCUAAGCCUCAGCAUACCGGUGUCCCGAUCGCCUUCGAAAUUCCCUUGGAGGAGUUUGACGCACAUCAACGGACAGAAACACCUCCACCGCACCUUCAACGCCUGCUGCAGCCGCCGCAGCAAGAGAUCAGUCUGCCUGACAUAGAGGAAAAACUGGCCGAAGCUGAACAGAGGAGACAACAGAUUUUGCAACAAAGAGCGGCUUCUGCGCAGAAAAAAGCACAGAGGAUGACCAGAUCUUUUCAAGAAAUGGAUGGACUGGAUUCGGAACAUGAAAUGAUGGAUUCUAUUAAACAUGCGCCGAAAACGUUGACCAUCCCACCCGAUCCAGGACUGGUAGAAGAUAAAAAUAUAUCGUAAUUCAUUUUAAGACAUAUAUUACUAUUUAGUUAUAGGUAUAAUAUUAGUCGGUCAAACAUACCUAUUUGGUUUUGUCAUCAAUCGUUUAUCGUUUGAAAAAAAGUGAGAGUUUGUACUUGAUAAAUAUGCAAUAAAAAAUCCGGGAAAUAUUUACAUAAUCAUUUUUAAAUAUCACGUAAUGGUACUUAUUUAUACAUACUUAAUUAAUAUUCCUAGAUCUCAUUAAAAAGUUUCAUUUAACUGUCUUAAUUUUCAAAUUUAUUUAAUUUUUAUUUAAAAUUAGAAAGCCUUUAAUAUCGGUGUUUAAUAUUUUGAAGCAUAUCUAGAGUUAGACCAAGAUAAAUCUGCAGUGAUUUUGAGCACAGACUAUGCAACUGUUAUUUUAAACGUCAGAAUUUCAUAGAAGAUCGUUUAAAAUAACACUUGCACAACCUUCAUAUUUAUUAUUAUUUAGAGCCCAUCAUGUCCCACGGACAGCGAAAGAUCUCCCCCAAUUUUUUCGCUGAUAUGAUGAUAUCGGUCUAGUGAUUGUGUGUUCACUCCUUUAAGAAGUCUAAGUAGUUUAUCCCGUCAUUGCCGGUUGGGUCUGUUAUAUUCCUGAUUCGAGACUAAGGUAUUAGGAAAGGUGAAUGCGGGGAAAAGCGUCUAUAAGUUGAGACCGUUUACAAGCUCUUAUAACUCUUGCGUUUGUUUACUCCACUGAUAGAAGAUCGGUAGAGCAGAAGGAGCAAAGCCCUUCCUCUCCAUGUCUGAGUGAAGUACGUAUACAAAUACGAGAGUUCUCACCCUAUGACGAUUUUCCUUAAUUAAGUAUAGUUAUUAAUUAAGAAAAGAGCGUCAAAAAAUUCAAAACCAAAACAAAGGAAAGCUCGCGGCACAACGUUUGUUUAAUUAAUUAACAUUACAAAUCUCAGUGCUCAGGGAUUAACAAUUCCCAUGUUUUUUUUUUCAUUUUGGUAUUUAAUUAAUAAAAUAUGCUCAUUUUUUCAGUAUUUUAGUUACAAAAGGCAUUGCUUUAGCUGUAAUUAGCUUUAUAAGGUUUUUAUUACGUUGAUUUCUAUCUUUUUCCCGGUAUAUCAAAGUGUACGAGUAUUAUGGGA